AUGGAGAUUUCAGUAUUUAUGUUAGUAUCAAUAACGUACAUAGCUUCUAGUGUUAAUUCAGGUGAGCCCUUAUUAUUAGUUUCUGGAAUUUUCUCAGCAUACCUACUAUUAGUCUUUAAAAAUCCGACUGAGUCCGAACGAUCAAGCACCUUGAACUUUGAUCGCCUGUUGCAGAAGAACAAAAUUGGUUCUUUUUGGUGUUGCUUAAAGUAAUUAGGGUUUUCUUCAUUUAGCUGACAGAUACAAGUUAGUUCAUGUUCCGAGUUUUCAACUGAAUAAAUUAUAUGUGCUUUUAAGAUUUUUUUUAAAUCAACAUUUAUCCAGGGGCAUCCAAUUUAGCAGAGCUAGUUUGAAUGGAGCCCUUAGUGAACUUAGUUUUUAUUCCUGAUUCUUGAUAUAUUUUUUUAAUUUUUAUAGAACCAAUUACAUUCGUUUUCGUUGGUGAUAUUGCUUUUUCUGGGCCAGUGCGAUACUACGUGGAAAAUGGCUAUUAUUCGUACAAUGACUCGUUUAAAGACGUAGCCAAAUACAUCAGAGAAGCGGAUGUCUCUGUGGCGAAUCUAGAAUCUCCCUUUGUAGACCAUGAAUCGUAUAGAAACUUUAAUGGGAAGAAGGCCUUCGUGUUAGAUGCAAGUGCAGAUGCUGCUUCGUCAUUAAGGUAAAUUUUGUGGCUUUAAAAACUAUAUUAACUAAAUUAACCCUAUUCAGACAGGUCCUUUUUUGCUUCCUGAGACCUGGCCACGGUUGCUCGAAAGAUGGCUAUUUCUUAACCGAUGGUUAAACCUUUGAACCAAUGGAUAAAAAUUAACCGAGGGUUAGUUUCGGUUGCUCGAACGCCGGUUAGUGUUAACCACGGGUCAAAUUUCUUCUUACCAUGCGUUAAAUUUAGCGUACCUCGUUACGAGUGUUAACUUCUUAACCAUCGGUUAAAAUGAUGUGUCCCAAAAUCAGUGAAACUACAUGGCAGUUGAUUUGCUUUUUUGCUUCAUUUUGUUGGUGAUCGUGUUAGUAAAUUUUGAUUUCAGUAGUGCUUGAUUUUCUUCAAACUUUUGGGGUAUUAUCGCAAUUUAUUGCGCUGAAAAAUUUGGUUUUUGUUUCCUGCAGGCUGUCUUAUUGACAACAGAGACUUCAACAUUUUACUGCUUAAAUUAGACAGAAGAUAGUGAAAAGCCGGGGAGUUUUAGCAGCGACGACGGCCACUAUAGCCGAAACGUCUCUUUUAAAAUGAAUUCGCCCAUUUUCAAACUUUGUCGCAUUUAUUCCGAUUCGCUGUUAAUUUGCUGAAAAUGUCAAAUAUAGGAGAAUCUCCGGCCUGGAGUUGAUUUCUUGGAGACUGCACUUAAGUUUAGAAAGAGAAAGAAAAGUUCGUCGUCGCUUGCCCUGUUAACGCGACGGCAAGUGCAGUGUCGGCAAAUAAAUUUACAAAAAAGCGUGAUGCACGUACAAAGUUGUUGUUUUGCCAAUCUAAACCUAUUUUCUGCUGACGUUCUCGUUACUCUUCCGCUGUCGUCGUUGCUAAAGCUCCCGAAAAACGUUCGCGAGAAAACUUUAAAAAAGCUGUUCGGAGAUAGUUAAAGUCUGGGGUAUUUUUUAACCAUUGGCAAACUAACCAGGCAUUAAUACGAAAGGGUUGCUUUUUACCUUUAUCUGUCAAAUUAGUGUAUAGAAGAUUUAGGAGGUCUGACCUUGGGGAGGAGCCUCUCUGUAAAAAACGUUGUUGAGUAAACCCCUCUCCCCCCGGGGCCCCCUUCAUCUCCCUCUCCUCCACCGAGGACUUUAGGCCAUCAUUAUUGUUGCCAGAUAUCAAGCACUCAAGUCAGUUAGAAGAAAAGCUUGAAUCUCAGCUAAACCAUUUCAAUUUACAGCUUCGCAGGAUUUGAUGCUAUUACUCUUGCCAACAACCAUUUGAACGACUUCGGGCCCAUAAGCAGCAAUUAUACUGUUAACAUCCUCAAAAGAAUAGGGUUGAAAUAUACUGGUGUCAGUUAUGGAAAGUUUGACGCUUCCCAGGUAUUGAUCUAUGUCGUGUUUCUUGGUAUUGUUUUAAUGGUUUCUCUAUACAACUGCCAAAGUCAUGAUUGCAUGAUUGCUUUUAAACCACGAGAGAAGUGUAGGAGCACUCUCGAAACUUCUGGGUUUACUCCGAAAUUUUUUCAUCGCGUAUUUAUAAUCGACAACACUUUGACUUUCGUGAAUGCGAGAACCUUAUGCAGAGAGAAGUAAAUGGGUUUUUUAGAAGGGAUGGAUAGGGGUAGGGAAAGUUGAUUUAUUGUGGCCUUAAUUCUUUGACACGUUUUCACUGAGUCAUCUUCGAUAGUAGGCGGGUAAUAAUAAAAGUAUGAAGGAUCCGAGGGAUUUUUCGGUACAAUUAUAUGUCUUUUUUUUGUUAUUUUUUUAAAAAUCAAUUUAGGUUUCUAGGAAACUGCCCACCUAGCCCUCCCCUGCGAGGGAAAACGUUGGAUUAGGGGAGGGGUAGGUGGGCAGUUUCCCAGAAACCUAAAUUGAUCCUCGUUUUUUUCCUCCGUGGUAGGAACCUCUUAUCAUGGAGGUAAAAGGAAGAAAGGUUGGAUUUCUUGGGUAUUGUGACUCUCCAACGUAUCCAAACCAAAACUGGACGGAACUAAGAAUGAAAUAUGACGUCGGCCCAGCAGUUUAUAGCGAUAACAUUGCUACAAGAGACAUAAACAAGUUGAAGGUAACUAAACUGAUCAUUAUUCAGGAGUUUUUUAAAAGAAGAAACAUCUGUUAAAGACGAUACCAAGAUAGGACAUACAAGUGUCCAAGUUAAAAAAUAUGCCUUGAACGGAUAAAUCUACUUAAUUAAUACUUUUAAUACCUUUGGCGGGUAAACAUAACCUUUAUUUAAGAAGAGAGGGACGCUCCGCUUUUUUUUUUCUCCUCUACCACGUUCCUUUUACAUGCUAUACCCCAAACCCCUGCUUAUUCAAUAUUAUUUCCCACUCUUAACAACUGUAAAGACGCGCCAAGAUACAAAUUCGUUCGUACACAGUGAGCGUGAUCGCGGAAACCCUUUUCCUUUUUUCAGUAUUGACUUACCUUCUCUUAUGUAAAGACUGAAGCCAUCAGAGAAUAAUAAACAAAUGAAUACAUAAAUAAACAAAUAAACGAGAAGGAUAAUGAUAAGACGACGACGACUACUACUACUACUACUACUACUACUACUACUACUACUACUACUACUACUGCUACUGCUACUGCUACUGCUACUGCUACUGCUACUACUACUGCUACUACUACUACUACUGCUACUGCUACUGCUACUGCUUCUACUACUGCUACUGCUACUGCUACUAUUACUACUAAAACUACUAUUACUAUUACUGGUAAUAAUGAUGAUGAUGUUUAUGAUUUGGCAGACUAGCAUAAUUUGAAACUUUUAUUAUAGGCUAAAGUAGAUAUCAUUGUCGUUCUCAUGCAUUUCGGAGAACAACUUUACAGAAGACCUGUUCGCCAUCAGCGUCGUGUAAGCAAACAUCUGAUGUCCCUUGGCGUUCAAAUGGUCAUCGGGGCGCAUCCACAUGUACUCCAGCCUCACUGUCUCGACGACAACAAAAUUGUGGCUUACAGUCUUGGUAAUUUUUUGUUCUACCCUAAACAACCUCCCAGUGGAAUUCUACCAGUAAGGCAACACUAUGUUUAGUCUCCUUCGAAGCCGUUUUUAGGCUCGUCACGAGCGUUGCGUGCCGAGCGUUGGGUGACGAGCCUAAAAACGGCUGCGUAGGAGACUACACUAUGUUAUAACUAAAGAAAAGAUUGUAACUUUUGAACCUUCGCCUUAUGUAAGGAGAUCCAAGACAGUCUUCCACGCCGUGGAUCCCGGAUUCCUGGGACUGGAUUCCGGAUUCUUUGCCAGUGGAAAUUGGAUUCCAGAUUCCAAUCGUUAGUCGGCUUUCGGAUUUUGGAUUCCGAAGUCCAAGAUUCCAGAUUCUACAAGCAAAUUAUUGAAUGCCGGAUUCCAAAAGCAAAAAAUUUUCUGGGAAUCCGGAAUCUGGAAUCCGAAAUCCGGAUUCUCUUACAAAGGGCGAUAGCCUAAUACAUGUAUUCUUCUACCUCACGACCAUUUGCUGGUUUGCAGUUGACCUCAAGGAAGCCAUGUUGACUGAGGCGAACAAAAGCGUUUCUUUUAUCGUCCGUACUUUACGCAUGCGCAGGUGGGCGCUCGUGGUAUGUGAAGUAUGCUGAAUUGACUGCUCUGUUCGGAUUUCAAGGCUUCCAAUCUCUCGCUUCGUAAAUUCCUGGUAAAUGUACUGUACAUUUUAAAAAAAAUGUAUUAAAAUUGGGCCGUUCCGGUAAGUAACAUACAGUCUACACAGUUCAAGUAGCUCGGACAGAUUUAAACUCACGGGCUUAAAUGAGUCCUAGCGUUGCGUGGAAUAGGCUUUCGAUCAGACGCUGUUUUGGCUUAAAUUGAUGUGCUCAAAUGGCUCCAGGAGAGGCUGAAUUAGCCUCUGUCUUCCAUGGCUAAAUUUACACUUUGGGACUGAGAUAGUUCUUUUCAAUGUACAGUCGAAGCUCCUGUAAGCGACCACCCAAAAUGCAAAGACUCAGUGGUCGCUUACAGGAGGUGGUCUCUUACAAGAAUCGAACCACAGCGGGCCUCUUCCAAGAAGAGGUCUGGGCAGAUCCACUUUAUGGUAGAUAAUAAAUUGCAUACAAUUUCUAAGUUACGCCAUGUGUAGGUUCUUGUUGUUACUAAAGUUCUUCAUAUUUUCUAGGUAGCAAAGUCAACACAGAACAUAGAAAUCAGAGAAUGGGUUAAGUGGUCGCUUACAAGAAGUUAAAAACAAUAGAAAAUCAUUAAACUUUCAGGCUCAAAAAGUGGUCGCGGCCGCCUACAGGAGGUGGUCGUUUACUAGAGGUUCCAAUUGUAAGGCUUUGAAUGGGAAAGUUUUGGUGUUUAAGAUAAGUAGUGGUCACCCUGUAUAUUACGGUCACCGGACAACGUCACAAAUUGUCAGUUGCCUUAUAUAUUCAGUUUCUGCAAAGCUAACCUGUGUAUAGCGGUCACUCUGUAUAUAACAGUCACCUUACCAAUUCCCAAGGGUGACCAUUGUACACAGGUUUGACUGUACCAUCAUCAGGGUUAUUAUCAGUUAAACAUCAAUACGUACAAAUUAUCGUUUGGAAUAUCAAAUUAUGAUACCCACUCACUGAGAUCCCGCUAGGUUUAGAUGCUGACAAAUUACUGUUUACUAACCAGUCUUUGUUCUUAAACAGAGUGUGUACGGAAGGAAGACUUGGGGUGAAAUCUGACCAGAAUCUCAUUGACGCCUUUGAACAUUUUGUUUUGGAAGAUUGCGAAGACAUAAAGAUGUCUCGGAUGCUGAAAGCAACUUUAUCAAGGUGCACACAAUACAGCAAUACACAAUAUUCUUUUUUAGUAUAUACAUGUAUACGGGGCAAGGGUGGCGCAGUGCACGAGGAGCUGCAUGCAGUAAAAUUUCUGUCCCGUAAUUUAAUCAGUUAAAUCAUCAAAGUUGACAGGUCUUUCUGAUGAUCAAAGCGACCGUUCGGUUUACCAUUUACACCUUCAGUGCGAAGACUGUCACGGGAACAUUAUUACCUUCAGGAUAAUUGCUUACCAUAACAGUGGUAGGUCGCGCGCGUCUGGUCGGUUUCGAAGAACGUGAUCGUGACUGUUAUUUUCAUUCAGUGACUGUGCGCGUUGAUAUGCCAACGUUUAACACAGACUGCAACAUUGAAUUUUUGUUAUAAAGCAAAGAAGCUGCUGAGUAGAAACUAAACCGUCCCAGACCUAUUCCGUUUCAUUCGUGUACUUUCAUUUUGAUGGGGUCUGUAUGAUGAAUUUACUUCUGCCUUCUAAUCAGGCACGUAAACAACAUAGAGAUAAAACAUUUCAUUUUGCUUUUGUGGAGUAAAUUCAUCUUAAAAAAGUUAAACUAGUGGACCACUUUCUCCGCGUACUUGUAAAAAUAGGCAUUUAAUAUGUCGUGCUACAGUGCGAAAAUCUUCUUGUCGUGGAUUAGAUUUCAGAGUACAUAUUGUUAAUCUUCAUUUCGCGCCAGAAUAAAUUAGUUUGCGCGCAAAGGGCUUCUAAAAAAAAUCACAAGGUUUGUCCCCCUUCGAGUCCACCUUCUGGAGAUACGCCGGCAUGGUAGCUGGAAUACAUUGCCGAGGCGAAGAUCUGGCAUUUUUUCCUCCUCGUCUUUUUUUCCCCGCGACGUUUGUUUAUAUUUGUAGUGAGAAUGCCGUGCAUAUCGGUGGAUUUUACUUCAGUCAAGCGGCUUCAGUUCCUGCGGCUUGCUACUCAUCAUAAAGAAGAGUGUCGGAAUCGCUUUGCUCGCCUUUAACAGAUUUGUUGUCGAAUGCAAGGUAAAAGAACGGACUACUGUAAGGUAAGAAUUGAAGUUUAAAUUUGUUUCUCGGCGAAAAAUAGUGCAUACAACUCGUGAAACCUGUGAGUAUUACCUCUGUUUAAUAUACCGGAUGUCAUGCGAUGACCCCUCGCUUUUACGAUGGAUAAGACGGAUACAAACAAUAAUUUCUUUCGCAACGUUUAGUAUAAUUUACUUAAUAUAGAGAUCAUCUGAGGACGAUUUUUCGUUAUAUAUGCUUCAUUUCUUGGCUUAUUCCGGCUACGUGCGAAAAAUUAGAUGACAAUGUUUGUGUGCUAUAAUUAUACUGAUAAUUUCUUGCACCUUGAAACUCAUGAAAGCCAAACUUGUUUAACCCUAGCAAAAACCUCUUUUAAUGGAGGAACUCAACCUGAUAGUUGCACUAAAAUCUAAUAAUUGUUACUGCGUUUGCAUGCUCUCUGUAACCCCGUGGGUAGAACAUACCUCAUGGUUACAUUAAUAAUAAUCACUGCAUUUGCUCUCUGUAACCUCGUGGGUAGAACAUACCUGAAGGUUACGUUAAUAAUAAUCAUUGCACUUUCUCUUUGUAACCUCGUGGGUAGAACAUACCUGAAGGUUACGUUAAUAAUAAUCAUUGCAUUUGCUCUCCGUAACUUCGUGGGUAGAAUAUACCUGACGGUUACAUUUAAUAAUCACUGUAACCUCGUGGGUAGAAUAUACCUGAAGGUUACUUUUAUGAUAAUCAUUGCAUUUUCUCUUUGUAACCUCGUGGGUAGAACAUACCUGAUGGUUACAUUAAUAAUAAUCACUGCAUUUGCUGUCCGUAAACUCGUGGGUAGAGUAUAUUACAUUAAUAAUAAUCAUUGCAUUUUCUCCUUGUAACCUCGUGGGAAAAAAAUUAAUGCCUCUCUCCUAGAAAUUUUGCCCUGGCCUUUGAGCAUAGUGAUCUUUGGGUAGCGAAUUCACGAAAACAGGUAAAACGCUUUUUUUAACAACAGCAUUUAUAUUAUUUGGAUUUUUGAGGGAGGUUAAACAUUAAUGGAAUAGAAUAUAAAAAAAGCCGAUAAAGCGGAAAAAGUUAUCUUUACAAAAUGCGCUUUAAAGGGCAUGUAAACCCAAAAAUACAAGUUUAUCCCCUUAUAUGUAAAAAAGUAUUCUAAAAACGAUUUUGCUAUUAGUUUUUGCCAAUUCGAUGCUCCUAAGGCGAAAACACGGCUUUUUCUACAGCAGAUUAACUUCCGGUUAACAAUAUGAAUUACCUAUGACGUAACGAGUGGAACCAGUCUAUUGCGCAACUUGAUUAUCACUAUGGCGGCUCGAGCGAUAAGUGAGAGUUCGGAUAGUUCAGAGCAGAAUUCAUCCGACGAAAGUGAUUUUUACGACGUAAAUUUAUAUGACAGCGAUGUAGCUGAAACUUCAGAGCCUCCUGAAGACGCAGGUCCGCGUCCCUGUCGUUACGAGCCUCGCAGAGUUCAACGAGAUUAUGGACAACAACAAAAUGUGUCAGCCGAUGCCUUCAGUACCCGAAAGCGUAUGUUGUCAUGAAAUAGGGCAAAUAUGGCAAAAAAUUGAAGAGCAAACGGAGGUCCAAAUGUCCUGUAUAACAGAACAUCCAGGAUUUCAGUCUACUUGCAUGGAUGUGUGGGUCCUUGAAACGGCGUAUUAUGCAUAUAGGCAACAACAUGGCACAGACAGUCAGAGAGGGCACGAGUAUGUUUACUAGUUCUGAAAUUUUCACUAUGUACAUAAAAAAAAUUAUGAACAGUUUAUCUAUGACUGCAUGUUCGUAGUUUUAUAUUUAUUCCAACAUUUUUCCACUCGUUCGUGUCUAGAAAAUUUCGCUACAUCGCUUAUCGCCAACUUGUGCGAUGUUGUUGGGGUUUAUCUUUGCAGAAAAGUAAGAGUGGCGCUCCCUUCCUGCGCAGUAAACAAAAUACGCCAAAGAUUUCCUGCGGAUUUUGGCACCUCCUACGCUGGUUUAAAGCCACCAAACCUGCAAUAAUUAACCUAUAUUUUAACGAAUAAAAAGUGAAAACCGUCAGCGAAAAAUAAGAAAAAAAAGCAAACAAAAAAGUGCGAUAUCUCUUCAAAAAUACCGGGCAAAAAUAUAACCAGUGUGUAGUACGUUACUUUGACGGACUCCCCUCAUAUUCUUCAAUGUCGUCCUCGGCUUCCUCAAGAGACAAAUCAGUCGGUGGAACAUAAUCGAAAUCUUUGUCAUCGUCCACGCUUCGUCCUCCUAGACUUUUAACAGAACUGCAUUCUGGUGUACUAGUGCUUAAAAGAGCUGUAAUAAGGUCGCACCGCACUUGAAAAUCUUCUCUCAAGGGUUCUAAUUGUGUGCCUGCUGGAUAGAGAUUCUACAUUAGAUAAUCGGUUAGGGGAAAAGAAAAAAGCGAGGUAAGAUUAUGUCUAAGCGUAACCUACCUUUACCUGUAAACGUUUCGAGCAGAAUAUCACAUUGAACUUCAGAGCAACUACAGCACUUGUUUCAGUGUCGACGGGCAUAGACUCAGAAGCUGACGUGACGGCGUUCGCAGCGACAGAGACACGUUUAUUAUCGGCCAAUAACUGUGAAAAAAAGUUGAAUAUACUUGAGGAAGGGGAACGGUUAAUACUGACCUAAUGAAAAAAAUCCUUCUUAAUUAUUACAUUGGCUUAUUACUUACCGUAGAAACUGAUAACUUGUGCACAGCUCGACUUGUUCGUGACCUUUUGCCAGGAGUGUGACUCGCAGUCGCCGGUAUUUCUUUUCUUCGCUCUCCAUAGUCCGCUAAUUUGCGCGCUUCGGACAAUGCUUCGGGUCGCUGGGGCUGAAUUGUGGGGACGGAAUCACUUUUCAAAUUGAUUUUUUAUAUUUGAGUCCCAUUUUUACCAUCGCAUCAUCCUCGAAACAUUCGUGUGCAAUAUGAGCGCCACAGAUUAUAGAGUGUUCUGUAGGCUGUAAGAAGUCUGCACGUUUAACUUGGAUCCACUGGCGCCGAAUUCUUUCUUCUUUUGGAAAAGAAAAUGAGUAGAAUGCCCUGUUUUGUUCGAGUUAUUACAAGAUCCAACGACACACCGCUUUACCAAUGUCAAAACUAAAAAAAUAUUCUUGUAGGAAACUAGACAACACACGUGCUUGUAAAGGUCCCAAAGAUGUUUUUGACUUCCGGUGGGCAGAGAUUCCACUCGUGACGUCACAACAAAGAUGGCGGAAUCAAAAUGGCGGACGAAGUGAACUUUCAGAGGUGAUUUCUCGGGUCAAAAUGCGCUUGUAUCGAAAAAAAGAAAAAAGAUUUAUGAAGUACUUUCGGUAUACAUUCUAUUCAUAUCAAACAAAAUUGUAGCUUUUUUGGGUUUACAUGCCCUUUAACAAUGUCAAGAGUGAAAUAAGCUGAAGUUUUGUAGUUAGCCCGAAGAAAACCUGUUCCUGCAUGAAAAGCAGUUCUGAUUCCCUUCUCUUAACUAGAAGAGAUGCAUUUCCCUGUGAACCAGUUUUUUAACCAGGAGCGAUUCCCACUCACUUCUGAUACUUUAUUGACACGAGUUCCUAUUUCAAUAUAUGUCUAAUUCAAGCUUAGCCGCGUGAUAGCUCUUCAUUAGCGAAAAGGUCCAAGUGAUAUUUUGAUUGACGUGUUGUUUUGGAUCCUGAGGUUUUUUAACAGCUUUUCUCUAGCUUAACUGGCGAAGAUAUUCUAGGAAUUUACCCUUCAAUUCCAAAUUCUUUGAUGUGCCGCCAGAUGCCGUGCAAAAAUAUCACCGCUUGCGGUUCCUCGUGGUGAGAGCACUCGCCUCCCACCAAUGUGGCCCGGGUUCAAAUCCCGGCGUCGACGCCAUAUGUGGGUUGAGUUUGUUGUUGGUUCUCUCUCUUGCUCCAAUAAGGGUUUUUCGGGAACUCCGGUUUUCCCUUCUCCUCAAAAACCAACAAUUCCAAAUUCUAAUUGGAUCUGGAACGCACGGACACGUUUAAACGAGUUCGGACAUAUGAACUCUUAAGUGCUUCUUGGGUAAAAAAGCAAAUCACUUAAAACUAAAACAGUGGAUAUUCGCGUGUUCUGACUUGGAUACUUAAGCUCCGGAUAUCCAGUGUUUUAGUAAGUAUUCACCAAAUCAGUGGGUAGCAAUUUUUGCGCGUUCUGAUUGGCUCCCGUAACUCGGAAUAUCCUUGGAUAUUCACUGUUUUGAGACGGGAUUCAAAAUGACUUCUCGUUUCGGGACAGUUUCGAAGUAUGAAAUUUUAGCGUUAAAUGAAGCAGCUGCACCAACCAUUACCAAGAAAAAGACAAAAUUAGGCUUGUCGGUGUUUACUGGUUGGUAGGAAAAAAAAUUCGAGUACUGAAUUUGCAACAAAUCAUAAAAAGAUGAUCCCCGAAACAAUGUCAAUUGAAACGUAAACAAACUCUUAACUAAGUGACGUCUUUUAUUUACAAAAAGUUACUUUUCUUAUUUUUAUCCAACUGAUUUGGUAAAUACUAAAACAAUUAUACCCCUCAGAGUCAGUUCAUAGGUCAGAUACUUCAACAUUUUACUGCUAAAAUUGGACAGAAGAUAGUAAAAAGCCGGGGAGUUUUAGCAGCGACGACGGCGACUAUAGCGGAAACGUCUCUUUUAAAAUGAAUUCGCCCAUUUUCAAACUUUGUCGCAUUUAUUCCAAUUCGCUGUCAAUUCGCUGAAAAUGUCAAAUAUAGGAGAAUCUCCGGCCUGGAGUUGAUUCGAGCGACGUCAAACUGGCGUAAGUUACGAGCAAAUGGUCGGGCUUAAUAACCGUUUUGCUGCCGUGACAAACAAAGAAAUUUCAAAAAGUUAACGAAGCGACAAUUUGUUUAAAAUGAAUUUAUGGAUGAAACCGGCGAAAAAGUUUUGGAUUGGCCGAUCAUCUGUUGAUACCUCACAAUUAAUUUAUAUGAGUUUAUUGAGGCAGUCAUUCUUUGCUUUUAGUUUUAAGCAUAUUUAUGCCGCGGUAAUGACGCCAUUUUCCUCUGGUCAUCAUUUUUAUCGGCGUGCACGCCUUGCAAAAACAAAAAGCAAAACAAAACAAAACGAAAACUUUGAAAGAAAUAGAAAUUGAUCUCUGAAUUUCAAUUAUCUCAUAUGUUAUUUUCAGAAAUGGAGUGUUACAUGCUGAAUAUCUUCCCUUGAAAAUUGCAUUUGAUCCUAAUACCAAGCGGCUCUAUCCAAAGCCUGUAAAGAACGCCAAAUGGAUAAACGUUUGCGGAAAGGAGGAUAAGCAAUGUGAAAAAUGUUGA